AUUCUGUACAACGCGUUGGCUAGCUAGAAUGCUGGCCAUCUGCCGUACAGUAGCAAUACGGGGCGGCAUGCCACGGUUGGAACGACGAUGAGACGUCUGCAUCCCAAGCUCAAGAGUGCUCUCCAAACCCUCCUCUAGAAUUCGAUAUGUGGAGAAAAGCCGCGCGACCCUCCGACCAUAGAACAACGCCGUGAUUUCGCUCGGAUGCCACACACUGAACGCCAGUAUAACAAUAAACAUCAGCGUCGCAUCAAAUCCAUAGAUUUACACCUCAUAGCCCAUAAUGAUCCCAUCUUGGCCUUGGAUGUACUCGACAACACGGUACACCGAACGGACGAGGGUCCAGCGCCAAAAGGACACAAAGGGCUGCAAAGAACCUUGGAACUUCAUCCAGGGCACGCGCUUCGACUUUGUGGUGGGCGACUUCCGGAGCCGCACCAUGAGGACCAAGCUAUUGAUGGCGAAGAGACUGAAGAAGAUGAUUUAGAUGAAGAGGCCAGUGACCAGGACUGUUCGGCCUUUUGAGGCGUUGGAGCCCGAGGCGUUCAUAGCUCCGCCUAGGUAUCACCGUUUUAGUUUGGAUGCUAUGCGCUUGUUCGCAACGUCUGGUAGAAGUGGUGAAGAGGACAAGGAUUAU